CACAGCGCCCCCCCCCCCCGCAACAGACACACUGCCCACCGGCCAGUGCCCUCGUCCCUCAAGGUGCUCGGGACCUUCACAGGCACCGCCAUUGAGAAUGGCAGACGCAGCACAGUGGGCGAGGCCCUGUCGUACGAGUUUACGGGAAAGCAGCCCGGUGUUACAGACGAGGAAGCUGGUAUCCAGCGGGUAACUUGCAUGGUCACCCGAUCCCUAAUGCUCAGGUCUACGCAGCCAUGCUAUGAACAUGGCUACAUUGUUGCUGCUGUAGGUACGAAGAAACUGUGGCUGAGCCCAGUUAAGUGGAUUUGUUGAGUUUGUCCAAAGUAAAGAUACGGUUCUUGCUCCCAAGGAAUUUAAAUUUAUCAUUUAAAUUUGUGAGUUGAAUUAGAGGCUUCAUUCUUCCCCCCACCCCCAACUAUUUUCUGGGUGUAUAGAAUUCCUCAAAAAGUUCAGUCAAGUGGGGCAGAUAGAUGUGCAGCAGGUUGUUGGUGUAUCAAGAUCUGCCCAUUUUCUGACUUUUAAGGAGCUGAGUCUAUUGGAGACAGGUGUAUUGCAGGCAGCAUGAUAGGGGCAACACUAGGAAAGUUAUGAGUGUGGGAACAGAGGAGAUACAUCUAACCCACGUUUGGGGUGGGGGCCAUUUGAGAAGGACCUCAGGAUGAAAUAUGUAGGCGGAGACAUUCAGGAAGGAGUUACUCAGUGGGACCAUUCAACUCCAGAGGAGGGAGAGAUCCUUGCCUGGGCAUGGGAGUUCAAGUUUUAGAUGAGCAAGAAGAGCCCAAAGUAAAACCUGGGGGUAGAAAAGCCUAAGUCUACGGGUGUUGAACAGAUCCUCUCUUUUGGAGUUGGGGACGUGCAGAUGAGCAGUGUCCUUUAUCUUAUCACUAACUGUUCUCUUGUUCAUUACCCCUUGUAUCUUACCACUAGAACUGAGUUCCUUGUGGUCAGAUAGGUCUCUUAUCUCUGAGUCUUUAUUCAGCCAUGUCACCAGGUUGAGGGUGGGUCUCUGAGUUUUGGAAGAGUUGAAUAGUUUUAGAUAAGGCUGGGAAAAGCAGGUUGCAAAAAACCAGAUUGUGCAGGACCUCCGAAUGUUCGCUGAGAAGUUUGUAUUUUAUUCCUUGGGCAGCAAGAGUUUAUCAAAGGCGUUUAUGAUGCCACUGACACUAUAGGGAAGAUUGGACUGACUUUGGCGUGCCAGGGUUUCUCAUGGAAAGAUGUGGAGGGCAGGGAGAUUGUUCAGGAGGCUAUCUUAGGAGAUGUUAAAGAUCUGAGUUAUGACGGUAGCCAUAGGAAUGGAGGGAAUGGGGCCAAUGAGGAAGCAGUCUCAAGAAAAGGAUUGAUUAGUCUGUGCCUAUCUGGGUUUAAGAAAUGAAUACGAGGGAUGCGGAACAUCAGGCUGAGAGAAAUUCUUGAAGCUUUCCUGAUCACCUGCACGGUUACUUUCAUCUUGGUUUGAAGUAGGAUGGCUGGUUUGGUUUUAUGUGAACCAACAGAGCUUUACAACAUCUUGAAUCAGGUCACAAAACUAUCCCGACUGACUGAACCCAACUAUCUCUGCUUAUUGGAUGUGCGUUCCAAACGGGAGUAUGACGAAAGCCAUGUGAUUACAGCCCGUCGAGUGAAGAAGAGGGCAAAUGAGUAUCUUCUCCCGGGGUCUGUGGAUCUGGAGUGCGUGAAAUACUGUGUGGUGUAUGAUAACAACACCAGCACCCUGGAGAUCGCCUUAGGAGGGGAAGACGAGGACAGCACCGAGGACAGGAGACACGAACUGGUGCCUGGAGCUGCCGUGGAGUGUGGCAGGGCGCUGGCCCACCUCACCCACCACCCCAUCUGCAUCCUGAAAGGAGGCUAUGAACGCUUCUCGGCCACGUACCACUUCCUCCGGACACAGAAGAUCAUCUGGAUGCCACAGGUCAGCAUUUCCCGUGGAACACUCGCGCAAGAAAGGGACCUCCAAACAGAUCAUAUUGGAAACAACAGUUUAUACAACGAACUGGAUGCCUUUCAGCCCUACCCUGUUGAAAUCAUCCCAGGCAAGAUCUACCUGGGCAAUUUCAGGCAAGCCUGCGACCCGAAAAUUCAGAAGGAUUUGAAAAUCAAAGCACAUGUCAAUGUCUCCAUGGAGACAGGGCCAUUUUUUGUAGAUGACAGUGACAAACUUCUGCACAUCAAGAUUGAAGAUUCCCUGGAAGCCAACAUUUUCCCCUUUUUACGGCACCUCUGUCACUUCCUUGAAAUUCACCUCCGGCUUGGCUCGGUCAUCCUGGUCUUUUCCACCCUGGGCAUCAGUCGCAGCUGUGCAGCCACCUUGGCCUUCCUCAUGCACUGGAAGGAGCAGACCUUGAAGAAGUCCUGGGCCUAUGUCAAGAAGUGCAAAAACAACGUGCAUCCCAAUCGGGGCUUGGUGGCUCAGCUUUCGGAGUGGGAGAAGGUCAUCCUCGGAGACUCUAUCACAGACAUCUGGGAUCCACUCUACUGAUCUUCUCUGUGGUCCAGCUAUGGGUCCUGAAGAACCUCGCUUGGGGACCUCUUGUGGGUAGUGGGCCAGGCUGUGUAACCAGAUUGGUGUGGAAAGAGAAGGCCUUUGCUGCCUGGA